CUCUCUCAAUCUCUCUCUCCCUCUCAUCGUCCCCUCUCUCUUUCUUUCUCUCUUCCUGAAACUUUGAUGGAUCAGGUUAUUUUGUUCGCUAGUUCUAAUGGAACUCUUUCACUCUUUCCGCCUCCAGUGUUAUUUCAACACUUUCCUUUGAUUGCAACCGCUUGAACAGCAUCACAAAACACAGGAAGUCCUAAUGCUAACUUAAGGACCGGACAGUUCCAGGCCCUCAGCCCAGUCGUUCACCCCAGGAAUCCUUGAGGUAGAGAUCAGUGGAGAUGGAGAAAGGUUAUCCCGGGGAUGGUCCUUCCGCCCCUUACCCAGGACCUCCCAUGAACUAUGGGGGGAUAGCCACGGGCCAGGGCCCCCAGCCAGGCUUGUACACUCAGCCUCCAGGAGGAUACCCUGCCUCCCCUGGUCCUCCACAACCAGGGUUCCAGCUUGGUCCCUACCAGGGAGGUCCCCAAGCAGGUGUGUACCCACCUCCACCACAGUACACCUCUGGACCAAGUGAUCCUGUGCCAGUCGUGACCCAUGUAAUAAUGACUCCUAGCCUGAAGGAGGUUGGAGGUUUGACCAUGUGUCCCCACUGCCAGCAGACCGUGGUCACCAAGACAGAAACCAACCCUGGCCUGCUCACCUGGCUCAUCUGUGGUGGCCUCUUCAUCGUCGGGUGCUGGCUAUGCUGCGUCAUCCCGUUCUGUGUAGAAUCAUGUAAAGACGUGGAGCACAGCUGUCCCACCUGCAACAAAAUCAUCUACGUCUACAAACGCAUUUGAUAUUAACUUGACCUGACGUCACUGUACUACCUUUAUCUGAAGGACUUGGACAUGGCACUUGAAUCAAAUCAACAUUUCUGUAAAUGUAUGAGGGUCGUAUUCAUUAGGGUAUGUGAUGUUCUAAAAUGUUUUACAACGAAGAAACAAAGAAACAAAAACAAAUAUUUCUCAUUGUCCAGGUAGUCCCUCCCUUUUUCAGUCCAUUUUCUUCCAUUUGGUGCCUAAUGAAUACGACCCAGGUGUAGCCAAAAGGGUUAUAUCUAUCCUGUAUAGUCCCUGAGCAGGUGGUGAGCUUCCCUCAGCUCCACAAGAUACUGUAUAAUAUAUGCCAUUUAGCAGAUGCUUUUAUCCAGUUUUGCAUGGGUUACCCUAGUAGGAAUUCAAACCCACAAGCGCCAUGCUCUAUCAACUGAGCCACACAGGUCCCUGGCCAGACUUGACAUUUGUAGUGACUUCCAAAGAGAAUCCUGAUACCAAAGAAGGAUAAUAGCUGCACUAUAGCUGUUUCACUGUAGUUCUGUACUCGUCUGAAGUCCAUGAAAGUGAAGGAACUUCUAAACCACUCUACUUCUUAUUGUAAUAUUGUUAUAUUGAGAUGUAUCUAUCACCAUCAUACUUCUUAUUGUAAUAUUGUUAUAUUGAGAUGUAUCUAUCACCAUCAUACUUCUUAUUGUAGUAUUGUUAUAUUGUGAUGUUUUUCUUAUUACACUCUUGUAGAUGUUCCCUCACUGAUCCCGUUCUCUUUCUCCUCUGAACGUUCUACUACUCAUUUGUCAUAAAGGAAUGUUGUCAAUAAUUACAAUGGAUCUUAUGGUUGUCUUUUCACUUCCUGCCUAGUUGCUCCGUAAAGCUCUGAUUAAAGUUGUCUGAAUUGAA